CGUUGUUGUGAGGCGGCGAAGGGACAUCAUUAAGUCUAAGAGUGGCGGUGCCCUGUUGUGUUGGCAGAGUCACGCCUCACACAUCUCGCGUCACACAGCAUCCAACCGCCAAUUCACCUUGUCCCUUGUCUUUUCUUGCCUCGACUCCCUUAGUCGCCACCGCCGUCAACGUCUAUCUCAUCCUCGAGCUCACCAUGCACACCAGCGAGUACGACUAUCUUUUCAAACUUCUCCUCAUCGGUGAUUCUGGUGUUGGAAAGUCUUGUCUCCUCCUCCGUUUCGCAGACGACACGUAUACAGAGAGUUACAUCAGCACUAUUGGUGUUGACUUCAAGAUCCGAACUAUUGAGCUCGAAGGCAAGACCGUCAAGCUGCAAAUUUGGGACACUGCAGGCCAGGAGCGUUUCCGCACCAUCACGUCCUCCUACUAUAGAGGCGCUCACGGUAUCAUCGUUGUCUACGACGUUACCGAUAACGACACUUUUACGAACGUUAAGCAAUGGCUACAGGAGAUAGACCGGUACGCCUCUGAGGGCGUCAAUAAGCUACUGGUUGGGAACAAGAGUGAUCUCACCAGCAAGAAGGUGGUAGAGUACAGUGUAGCGAAGGAAUUUGCCGACCAGCUCAGUAUUCCUUUCUUGGAGACGUCAGCAAAGAAUGCGACAAACGUCGAGCAAGCGUUUUUGACGAUGGCGAAGCAGAUCAAGGAUAGGAUGGGAUCGACCUCGACGCCCGCAGGUGGUGCCAAAUCGUCAACGGUUACUCCGGGGCAAUCUGUUCAGCAACAGCCGUCAGGCUCGUGCUGCUGAAGGGGCGUUGUAAUUGGCUUGGGGUGGGGUCGUGUCAUGCCGGUUGGGCGGUUAUCUUAACAUAUUCCCCUUCACAUAUCAUCUGCUACUUUGGACACAUUCUGAUCAGUGCGCUUUAUCGAUGUUCCUUUUCCUAAUUCUAGGCUUUUCUGCUCUUAUCUUGCUUGAUGCUGAGAAACAUGAGGGCAUGAGUUUCCUCCUAUCUCCCUUUGCGUACUAAUCAAAAGCUGCUUGUUGCCUGACCCCACCGAUCGUCAUGGAAGG